CCCCGCUGAACCCCGCGCCUGAGGGGGCGCUCGCUGAAGAGACACCCCCCCCCCCCCCCCCAAUUCCUCACAGCUCGGGAUCCUCUCCUUCGGGUCGGAACGCCACGCAGCAGCGUGGCUUUAUUCGACUUCUCCGCUGAAGAGGGGAUUUCUGAACUGGUGCGAGCUGCCACGGUGCGGGGAAAAAAAAAAAAAAAAAAAAAAAAAAAAAAAAAAAAAAAAGUCGGUCCCUUUCGGCCAGGCGUUGCCCUAACCUUCUCCCCCGGCUUCCAAGGAGCGCCGGGCUGAGGGCGGGCGGUGCCGGAGCUCGGCCCCGCACCUCCCGCCCGGGUGCCCGGGAACCCGCGCUUCCAGCCGAAACCCCCGGCCUCGCGCGGCCUCCUCAGGCUGCGGGGCGCGCCCCGGCCCCGCCGCCCGGGCCCUCCGGGGCGUUGGCGGGCAACGGCGGCAGCAUGGCGGCACCCCCGGGCGCCGCGGCAGCGACCGAGGGGGCACUCGGCGGCCCGGCGGGAAGGGGCCGGCAGCCUCCCGUCUGCGCUCUCUCCGCCUUCAGCGGCGUCCCGACCCGGCGGGAAGGGCCUCCGGAGCUCAGCUACUUCCACCGGGAGGCCAAGACAGGAGAUGUUUCCACUUACGAAGCCAUUUUUAAAAGACCAGAGGGUUACAACAAAAAUCUUCACCGAUGUGACAGAAAACAUGCAAAGAGUCGUGGCCUUAACAUCAAUGAGGAGGAAAUGGCAAGACCUGUUGCUGUUUUGUCAUCUUCAGAGUAUGGGAGACGCAUAAAUAAGCCCGCAGAGCAGCCGAUCAGAGAUCAUGCAAGGAUUAAUCACAUGAAGGCAGAAUUCUACAGGAAAAAUGGCAUCACCUGCUUAUUGGAACAACCAUCUUCAAGCCCAGAUCCAUGCUAAAUCUCCUGUCUCUGUCGUUUCCAGCAGCACCUAUGUGGAAAUAGCCCACCUCGCAUCAAAAAGCAGUAUGGUGUUUUUGCCUUUCCCUCUACAUUUUAGUUAAUGGGAACAAUUUGGAUUAAAAAUAGGAUGAAAUAGCAGGUGUACUUUUCCUCAUGAUAAUUCAAAUGCAUGUCUUCUCUUUGUGGUGUCGUCAAAAUCUCAUGAAAAGCAGCAUCAGCAAGAGCCUAACAUUUUAGGUGGCAACACUGGGAGUGAGACCUGUUGGGUCAACAGCUGUCUUUCUGCAAUUUUAGGGAGUGUUUCUACAUAACUAGUCACAGACUUAACAUUUAAGUAAACUUGCUUCCCAAGGUAUCAAUGGUCACUGACUUCUUAAUCCUUACAGUAUUGCUACAGAAUUGUGAGGCGUCGUUUUAUCUGCACAACAGCUGAAAUGGGGAUUCAACACAAGAUUUUCCAAAAUGGAUGGGCUUACCCAUAAACAGGCAAGUAAAGAAAUAUUUUAACUUACAGAAGUUUCUGUAGAUUUCACGUGGAAGUCAGGUUAAAGGGGGCUUCUGAGUACUUAGCCUUUAAGUAGACAAAAUCUGGGUUUAGCUGAUUUCAGACCUCAAUUUUGCAGACUUUCACAAGUGCCACAA